UCCUACAAUAUGAUGGCAUUAUAGUAACAUCAAGCGGACAUUUUAAGUCUUUAGGUCAUKAAAACUUUAUAAACGUUCCCGAAAGUUUAAAAUGCGGACGUUGUGUUUAGUAGCAGUAUUUGCGAUCAUUAACACACCAGCAAGUCAAGGCACAGAGUGCGGUUYCCGACCAAAGCACGCAGAGAAAGCCGGGGAAAAGAGAAUCACAGGUGGUCAACAAAGUGUCCCAGGAGGAUGGCCCUGGAUGGCUGGCAUAUUUGUACAACAGCAGUCCAAGUAUUUCGUAUGUGGAGCAACGUUAGUGUCCGAUCGCUAUGUUCUGUCCGCGGGACAUUGCGGAGUGUCAAAACAAUUUGUUGGCAUGACCAGGUUGGAAGCUCCCCAAGUUUCAGUACGAUUAGGGAUGCAAAACGUCAGUGUAAAAAAGAAAUCAGAACAAGAAAUCCCAGCAAAACGACUUAUUCUUAACCCAAAGUGGGCUUUUAUCACAAAGAACACGACGGAAGGUCCUAAGAUGAUCACAACAAGUGAUAUGAUGUUGAUAGAAUUGAAAUAUCCAGCCAAACUAUCCAAACUGGUACAGCCAAUAUGCAUGAGAAAGGAGCCAUUUAAGCCAGGUAAAAUGUGUUACGUGGCUGGCUGGGGUACGGAGAAGAUCGGAGGUCCAAUACUUGGUACACUUCAUGAAGUCGCCAUUCCAAUAGUACAUCGUGACAAAUGCAAUAAGCCCAAGUCAUACGCUGGCGUAAUCCCUGAAGAGCUGGUAUGCGCUGGCUUUAUUAAGGGUGGYAAAGACGCUUGCGAGGGAGAUAGUGGUGGUCCCUUGAUGUGCGAGGGUGAUGAUAAGAAGUGGUAUAUAGCAGGAGUAGCUUCGUUUGGCCAUCACGGAUGUGGAUUGGCUCACAAAUAUGGCAUAUAUGGAAGUACCAGUGCAGAGAAAUCGAGAAACUGGAUUCAGAACACUACAAGCGUACACUACUUCUGAAUAAUCAAACUUCGCGAUCGGUUUCAGCACAGCUCCCCUGUCACUGAGGAAGACAUCGCGCGAGUGUAAAAUGGAGACAACAUACUUUACAGAUUGAACAGACUUUGUAAACAGUUACAAUAAUAACCUCGCA